CUCCUUACUGUGACGUUUCUCGGCUUAAUGGUGUCGUCGUGAGCAGAGGCCGCCCGUCAGACAAUCCGGUAACAGCCUGUGGAUUUCAGAAGUGUCUCUAUCUGAUCUCAGGUCCUUUUUUUAUCGGCCAUCGUGUUUCAACGUCGCUGUAAAGCAGCUGCUCUUCCUCUCAGCUGCCGUGUUGUAUCUAAAAAUGGCGGCUGUUUCAGCGGAUCACGGUCUCUGCAGCCUUUUGCCUUAACUCACCCCAGUUAAAUCUGAGCACCAUGUAAACAAACCAGGCAGCAAACCAAUCCAAGCGUUAGCCUGCACCAGCUCCAGAACCAGUGGGUUACUGGUGAGUAACCAGCAGCAGCAGACAGGGUGGCGGCGCUGUCGCCUUUCAGCUGGAGAGGCAGGCUGAUGGAGAGCGACUGCCGGAUCCCAGUCGCCUGCUGUCGGCCUCGGGUCCUCCUGCUCCAUGCUCUGUUCUGGGGUCUCGUCUCGCUCAGAGUGUUCGGAGCGGCGCUGCUGAGCGAGGAGAAGACGACAGCAGUGAAGCCUGUUGUCGCCCCCUGCUGGCUGCUGGAGAACUUUGUCGUGUUGGAGGAAUGCAACCGCUGCAGCGACUUCAACGCUAAGACGCAGACGGUUUGCAGACAGACGGGAUACGUGGAGCGGGUGAACUGCACCAAGACCAGCAGGCAGGAGUACAAGAGCUGCCGCUCCGCCCUGAUGGAGGAGCAUCUCUUCUGGAAGUUUGAGGCAGCCAUGUUGGCUCUGACGGUCGUCUUCGCCGUCCUGGUGGUCAUCCGCCAGCGCUGGCUGGAUCGCCUCGCCUCUGAGAAGGUCCGCCGACAGAUCGAGUCCAUCUAGGAGGAGAGGGUUUUUAAAUCCUGUGGCAGUAUUUUUAAAAUGGAUCCAGGUUUGGACCGGACCUGGUGGACGUCCUCCAUGGAGCUGGCUGAGCUCAGCUCCCCGUCUGUGAAGUUUUUCCUCUUCACCAGCGACUGUUUCUCUGCUAAAACAGCAGAAAAAAAACACUAAAACCGGGACAAUGAGUCCUGAUUUAUGAUGCAAACUGUAGAUUAUAUUUUAGUGAACAGAGUUUAUAGAGAAAUCAGGGAAGGAGUAGUUUGAUCUGGAUGAGAACAGAAGUGAAACUGACGAACCUUAGGAACAGAAGCUGAAACCUCUCUUCCUGCAUCGGCUGAUGUCAGACAGGAACUUCCUUAUAUGGACUCUGGAAGUGAAAAUUGGGAGCAGCUGUUUCUGAAGUGUGGAACAAAGAUCUUUUUCUUUCAAGAUUAAACAUUUUCCUGCAGAAAUACGAAAUAAAAGUCUGAAAAGAUUCAAAUCUGAUAUUUAAAGAUGCAGUUCUGUUUCAGUUUGCCAUUAAAAACUGUUUUUACAUCCGU